AUGAUCACGGAGGAUGCUUUCAUCGAGUUGCUGAGCACACAAAAGAACGUGAAAUUCUUGGAGGAAAACGGGGUGGACCUGUUCUUUAGAAGCCACACCGGCUUGAGGGAGUUAUUCCGCAUCAUGGACGAGGACGGCAACGGCGCCCUCGACGUGAACGAGUUUGUAGCUUGCCUCUACAAUCUCAAGGGGACCGCCACCUCUCUGGACUUGAAGUUGGAGCAUCAAAAGUUGUCGGGAUUGGUCCGUUCGCUGUACGAGCAGCUGCAGACCGUGCAGCCGAUCAGCCCCCGCAGCUCUUCCCCAAGGCUGCGAGCGUGCACGAGCCCAAGGGCACGCACCAUCUCAGGGCAGUAA